AUGCUCAGUUUAUUGGUAAAUCGCAAAAGUAUUGCCAAAUUGACCAAUAUUUUAAUAGAAGAACCUUGCAGACCGUUACGACCAAAUGAAGUGAAAAUUCAGCAAAAAUUCGAUAAAGGCAUACAGACCAAUACUUGGCGCUUUGUAUAUCUUGCAAUAGUAACAGUCUCAUUCAUCGUGUUGACAUCUCUAUCUUUAAACUUCAAAAAAAGGAAAUUAACGUACAGAGCAUGGUUGCCGUUUAAUUACUCAUCAACGACAAUGUUUUGUCUGACAUACAGUCACCAAUUGUUAAGUUUGUGUGCCGGAGGUUUCCUAAAUGUUGCUUGCGAUACUCUUAUUUGUGGAUUAUUGGUGCAUAUUUCCUGUCAGAUUGAAAUCUUAGCUUAUCGUUUGAGAGAAAUUAUGUCAUCUAAAAAUAUCUUACCCGAUUGCGUGAGACAACAUUAUAAUAUUUUUAAGCUUGCUUUUAUUAUAAAUGCAACAUUUAGAUUAAUUAUUAGCAUACAAUUUAUGAUAAGUAUGUUAAUAGUAUGCUUCAGUCUUUAUCAAUUAACUAAAACAACAGUGAAAGCCAAGUUUAUAGAACUGACAUUAUAUAUGAUGUGUAUGUUAACACAAAUCUUUUUGUAUUGUUGGUAUGGAAACGAAGUAAAGCUAAAGAGUCGUCAACUGGUCGAUGACAUUUUCGAAAUGGAAUGGCUAUCACUGGACAAAAGUAAAAAAAAGUCUCUAAUGAUAAUAAUGAAACGAGCAAUCGUGCCUAUUCAAAUUACCAGUGCUUAUAUUAUUCCCAUAAACCUUGAUUCAUUUAUGGGUUUACUCAAAACCUCGUACUCUACUUAUAAUUUACUUCAAAAAAUGCGGGAAUAAUAAUAUGGAUCAAAUCAACGU